AUGGACAACUUUGGAGGCAACUUCUUUAAUUCUUAUAACAAUAACUCUACCAGAGAGACAGAAGGAAGCCAAUACUUUGAUCCUUACUUUGUCAAGCAUCGAAAAAGAACAACGAAAGCACAGCUCAAGGUUCUGGAGGAAACCUUCGAGACCAACAUCCGGCCGGAUGCAAACAUGAGGAAGAAGCUUGGGGAAGAGCUAGGAAUGACGCCUAGAAGUGUCCAAGUAUGGUUCCAGAACAGAAGGGCAAAAAUCAAAAAGCUCACACAGAAGAAGAUGAUGCAGCAAGAAAACACAGACAACACCAAGGGCCAGGAGACAGCCCAUACACCAAGCCCAUCAAAAGAAAGCAAAUACAACGGCUAUCACCCAUACAUGCCCAUCCAGGGACCUUUAGAAGAGUUCAAUGUAUAUCCAAGAGAUAACAGCAUCUAUAAACAUGCAAUACCGCAAGGAAUGGGAUCUCCGGUGAUGUAUGAGGGCUUUGGAUACAGAGGGCAUGAAGAAUACGGAUAUCCCUAUGUACAGAGAUAUGGAAACGGAGAGUACUAUCAAAUGCAAUAUCCGUAUGGGAUGAUGCAGGCUCAAUGGCACCAACCUCCAGGAUUCCGUGACGAAGAUUACUAUCGCUCUACUAGAAAACAGCAAUAUAGAGGAGGCGCACCCAAUCCUGAAAAGAUGUAG